AAAUAAAUAAUUUUUGUAUUUUGUUCUUCAAAAUUCACAAACCCUAAAACACAAAACACAAAAGAUCUCUCACGAAGACAGGUACUUAGGAAUUCUUAAGCUAUUAUAUCUUCAAUUGACCUCCGGUCGAUCAUCGGAAAUAGAUAUUGUGAGCCAUCAUGAGAUUCAAGAAGGGAAGUAAGAUUGAGGUAUUUAGCAAAAGUGAAGUGCCUUCUGGUGCAUGGCGGCCAGCAGAUAUUAUCUCGGGCAAUGGACACAAUUACACUGUUAGAUAUGUUCAUUUUCUGGGCAGGACAAACGAAACAGUCAAGGAGAGGGUGUCAAGAAAGGCAAUUAGACCUUGUCCUCCACCUGUGAACUGUAAGGGAAAUUUGGUGACUGGAGAUGUCGUGGAGGUUUUUGAUUAUUUUUCCUGGAAAAUUGCUUCGAUUCUGAAGGUUUUGAGUGCAGAGUGCUAUCUGGUUAGGCUACUUGGAUCUUCGAAGGAAUUCCAAGCUUACAAAGUUAAUAUCAGGGUUCGUCAAUCAUGGCAAGAUGGUGAAUGGAUUGUGAUUGGGAAGGGUUCAGGAGAUUCUGAAGCACAAUCAAAUAUAGCUUCAAUGAUAAAUUUUCGAAAGAAGAGAAACUUCCCAUUGGUGCGAGCUGAUGCAGAUUUAGAAGUGCAUGCUGGAUGUGAUUGUUCUGGUAUCAAGAACACCACUGAUAUUCAGGAGUCACAUGUUGUCUCAGCUAGAACAUUGAAAAGAGCCUACCCUUUUGUAUCCUCUUAUGCUGAAGCAUGGACUGGAAACAUUCAGAAAUUGAGAGCAAUUGAGAAAGAGGGUGAGCUCGAAAGAGUGAUUUCAGGAAAUCCAUCCUCCCUACAAAACAAGGUAGAUGCUGUUGCUUACCCACGAGAAAAUCUGGGUGAAACAUACAUGCAUACUUCCCCUAACAAUCAAACAACUGCCUAUCAUGAAAUAGAGAUGGGAAAACCAAUUUGUGUUUUUGAUUGUUCUCAGGGAAGGGGCUCAGAUGCUAACGAUUCUGAUAGUGAUUUAUGCUCUGUUGGUAGUUGUAGUGUUAUUAGUAACAGUAACAGUACCAGUAAGUUGUCUAGUCGUAUUUUAGCAGGUUAUUGUGAGGAUGCAGAUACCCUUAGUAGUGAUGCUGAAAGUUUUUCUGGUCGUGGAGAUGAGGAAGAAAAAUCCCCCCAUCCUGUAAUUGAUGAUGUAGCUGCAAGAAUCCAUAGUUUAGAGUUGCAUGCUUAUCGUUGCACUCUAGAGGCAUUGUAUGCUUCUGGACCCUUAAGUUGGGAACAAGAAGCAUUAUUGACAAAUCUACGUAUUACACUUCACAUUUCAAAUGAUGAACAUUUGAUGGAGCUAAGGAAUUUAAUAUCUGCUGGAACAAGCUUACAUCAUAGUGAAUAGGCCAGGGUUGGAGGCAUGUGUGCCUUGCUUCCACAGGUCUAAAGAUGGGGCUGGGGUUUACCACUUUGUCCUGGCUUAAUUAAUGGGACAAUAUCAGCAUUGAAUGCUCUACGAAUAAGACAAUUGAUGACAAGCCACUGCAUACUGGUUUCAUCAUCUUCUGUUGUUUGAUGAUGAAGUUCAUUUCAGGUGUGGUGUCCUGGUGGAACUUUGAACUCAUCCUGAUCCAAAGAAAGUAAAAGCAGAAUCUUGAGAUGGAAGGUUCUGAUUUGAUUUUAGAUUGAAAAUGUGCAUCCUGACAUCUUGGCUAGCUGACUAUGUUCUCUCACUCAUUUAUUAUUUGCUUAAUGCAUGUGUUUAUCUGUUCUGAGUAAAAAAUAUUACCAGAUUUCUAGACUUACAUCCUAAGCCAUCCAAAACAGUAACUGUAUUAUGACUUAAAUAUAUCCUUUCUUAACCCAGGCUUGAAUUUAAGAAGUGCACUUAUUGUGCUUCUCCUUCUAUUUCAAUUUCAUUGUGAAUAUAUUUUGUUUUUUUCAUAAGUAAGAUCUUUCUCAAGCAGUGCCAGGGAGCAUGGGAGGUGACCCCCACCCUUUGUCAGUGUAGCAGAAAGGUAGGUGUAAGGUAUAUUCUUAAUACCUAUUGAGUUUUUCCUUUUAAUGAAUGCACAUAAUAGAAAGCUGUACCAUACAUUAAUUAAGAAUGUUGUAUUGACAUAUUAAUUUUCUGUGAUUCUUUCAAAACCAAACUGCAAUUAGGAAAGUUAAGGCAAGCAGGAACUUCGGAUCAAGCUUUUCAUCAUAAAAAUGAGGUGUGACUUCAUUUGAAUCACAACAUGUUAUUUUACUCAAUCACUCUAAUGAUUGCAUUUUGUUCUGUGAAUGGGUUUGAAUAUUGUUCUUCAUUUUGAGUUGUAAGUUAGAAUUGAUGAGUGUUUUACUCAUCACAAACAAUUUAUCAUACUCUUUUGGAUCUGUAGAUCAUAUUUAAUUUUGUUUCAUUCAACAACUUGAUACAGAUUUUGAUUUGUUGCUUGUCUUGGCAAAAAUAAACAAACUGCCCCGCCAUGAGACAUCCUGAUCCAUUCAGAAUGGAGUUAAAGAUUUUCUUUAUCCCUUUUCUUCGGUUCACAUGAUGUUGGCAUUUACUUCCAUUUUGGAUUGUAAUUGUCUUCUAAAAUUGCUUUACAUCUUUUACUUGACUUCAAAUUGUUGCUCUCAAUUUUAACAUAUUGAAUUUUGCUUGGUUUUUAUGGAGGAGCGGAUUAACAUAUGUAAGUAUAACACUCAUCACCUUAUGGAGAAGAUGUAAAGCAAAUUUCUAUAUGUUAAAAUUGAAGAAUAGCUCAAUUUGGUAUUUUCUCUUAACGUUUUGUAGAUAUGAUACAUGAUUUCAACCAAAGUCUCCCGGCAGGAUGUAUAUUUGGGUAUUUCUUUCAAUUUGAUGUAAAAUGCAAACCCUCAUGUCAGCGGGGUAAAUUGACAACUUCCAACUUUUGAGGAAUUUCUGGUUGAUCAGAAUAGGGUUUGC